AUGGUGGCUAGAUUGAAAGUCUCUAUUAUUUGCCUUGUUGAAACCCGUGUUCAAAAGGCAAAUAUUAUCAAAAUUAGGGAUAAUAUAUUACCUGGGUGGGAGAUUCUUCAUAAUUGUAAUGAUCACUGGCUUGGAAAAAUAUGGAUCUGCUGGGAUCUGGGUGGAUUCUCUAUUAAUGUAGUGGAUGUACACGAGCAAGUUUUAACUUGUAAGGUAAAUGCUACUGAUAAUAGAGGAUCAUGGAUGAUGUCUAUUGUGUAUGGCUCAAAUCAAGGUACUGAUGGAAGACAUUUGCUACAGAGGCUGAUUAUUUUGAAAAAUUAUGUUGGCUCGGUUCCUUGGUUGAUUACUAGUGACUUUAAUGUUAUUAGGUCUCAGCAAGAAAGAUGGGGUAAUGCUGCACUGACUGGAUAUGAAACAGAAUUUGUGGAAUGUGUGAGAAGGGUGGAGGUUGAGGAUGAGGAUUUAGCAUUCACAGGUUGUUUCAACACUUGGACUAACAAACAAGCUGGGGAUGAUUUUGUGUCCAAAAAGCUUGAUAGAGUUAUGUCCAAUAUGGAAUGGCUGCAAAGAUAUGGCAAUACUUCUGUGGAAUUUUUAGAAGCAGGGAUUUCAGAUCAUUCUCCUGCUUUGGUGUCAAUUGAGAAGGUCAAGAGCUUCGGACCUAAGCCUUUUAAAUUCUUCAAUUUUUGGGCAGAUCAUGGGCUUUUCCUGGAAUAUCAAAGGAAGGAAAGAGAAUGCCUCCAUGCCUAUGUUUCUUUAUCAGCUGCGGAGGAAAAUUUUUUGAACCAAAAGUCUAGGAACAUGUGGCUUAAUUUGGGGGAUGGAAACAAUGAAUUUUUCCAUAAAUCUGUCAAGGCUAGAAACUCUUCUAACCUUAUCAAGAUUUUGAAGGAUAAGGAUGGUCAUAGGGUGGAGGAUAUGAACCCAAUUAAGGAGCUUGCCAUUGGUUUUUACCAAAGGAUUCUUGGAACCUCAGAUCAUUCUUUUGAGAUUCUCAAAGCGGAUCGAGUGACUCAAUUGAUUAAGAAGAAGUUCUCUCCUAGCUAUGUGGCAGGUAUGGCUGCUGAUGUGACCCCUAUGGAGAUUAAAAAGGUGAUCUUUGCUAUGAAUAAGCAUAAGGCACCCGGGCCGUAUGGAUUUUCUGCAAGAUUCUAUUAA